AUGGCAGCUACCAUGACUGAGGAAGUCACAAAGAAACUCGAAGUCCGACUCCUGUUCAACGACACCGUUACGACCGAAUCAUUCUUGAUUCCAGCUUCGGAGGCUCCCACACUCAACGACCUCUAUGCGGCAAUCCAUAAGCGAGUCGACGUUGGUGUGCAUGGACUAUUCAACUUCUUCGAGUUGGACCGCCCUGGGCUUUAUGUUGGCAGUCUGUACCCGGCGUUGUUUCUAGUCCAGGAAAACUCCACGAACAAACACGCCGUGAAACAUUGGCGCUGGACGACUCUUACAUGGGGCCACUGGAUGGAGUAUCGACGAUGGUACGAGCGCAAUGUUCAGGGGUCAAACCCAGGAGACAACUUGAAGGUCGAAAUGAAAUUGAACAUGACGAGAGACAAAGCGUUCACGCGUGAACAGGAGGAUGCCUACGUGGCGCUGACGCAGAAGAUCACCGACGCUGGAAUGGGCGAGGAUGACUUGGAAUGGCAAGCACCUCCCAGCAUGUUGAAGCUGGACGAUGUCAACAACAGAAAGGUCUGGGAAUGGCACCCCGCCCAUGCACAGGAGGGUACCAUCAAUUAUGUCAGUAUCGACGCGGUGCCAGCGACAGACGACUGGUUUCCCAUGAGGGACCCUGUUUCUCCAUUGGUUACCAAUGGAACAUGCAAGGCGUGCUUGAAGGUCGCCAAGGAGCUCGAAAUCCCUAAAAUGGGUAAGAAGGCCAUCAAAAAGGCCAAGGCCAAGGCCAAGCGCGAUGCGGCCGAGGCUGCUGCGGCGGCGGCGGCGGCGGCGGCGGAAGAGGCGGGUGUUGCAGGAGAAGGAGAGGAGAUUGACGAAGAUGCCAUGAUGGACAUCGUCGAGGAGAUGGAGGGCGAGGAUGGUGCGGAGGACGAGGAAGAAGAGGAGGAGGCCGGCGGGCCAGAUUUCAGUCAGCCUUUGGCGCUGCGUCCGAAGGACGACGACAGCAUGGAGAUUGAUUAG